UUUGACAGGAGACUGUGCAUUUUACUUCCUACUUUUUCAUCAAAUAUCUUCAAGAUGCUUUCGCUAUUUCAACGAAUGCUUGAUUGGUUCAAGAGUCUAUUUUGGAAAGAAGAGAUGGAACUCACAUUAGUGGGUCUCCAAUAUUCCGGAAAGACAACAUUUGUCAAUGUUAUUGCGUCUGGACAGUUCAGUGAAGACAUGAUUCCAACAGUAGGGUUCAAUAUGAGAAAAAUCUCUAAGGGAAAUGUCACAAUUAAGCUUUGGGAUAUUGGUGGUCAGCCACGAUUCAGAAGUAUGUGGGAGCGUUACUGCAGAGGAGUCAAUGCCAUUGUAUACAUGGUGGAUGCAGCUGAUCAUGAUAAAAUCGAGGCCUCUAGGAACGAACUUCAUAAUCUAUUAGACAAACCGCAGUUACAAGGUAUCCCAGUGUUAGUCUUAGGUAACAAGAGGGACUUACCGCAGGCACUCGAUGAGAAGGAACUUAUUGAAAGGAUGAAUUUGUCAGCAGUUCAAGAUAGGGAAAUAUGCUGUUACUCAAUAUCAUGUAAAGAAAAAGACAACAUAGAUAUCACCUUACAGUGGUUAAUACAGCACAGUAAAUCGGGCCGUUGAGGUGGCACCCCAAGUGUUGUUUCCCAGGUGCACUUCAGAGAAAACUUGCGGAGCAACACAGAAACUAAUUUUCCAUAUAAUGUAUGCAGCCAUUACAUAGCUAUGGGUGACAUUAUACAUGUAUAUGUACACAAUAGAUUAUUAUGCAUGUGACUGCCGAAUUUAACCCUUUCACUUGCAAGGAAAUGAUUGCUAGUGAAAGGGUAAAAAAGAGUUACCUUAACAAAAAUCACUUUGGCGUACAAUUUUUGGUGGGUUUUAUUUUAUAUGGCAAGCCCAGUCAUGAUUAUCUAAGUCGUAGACAAGUUAUUUGAUUGAGGUAAUUUGAUCAUUGUGAAGAGAAAUGCAAGGGUUAUCAUCAGUAGAACCUCUCCUUGAUAUAGAGGUGUCCUGAUUACUGAGGUAAACUGAAUCCAAAUCCCAUCAUGGCAAACCAGACACAUGUCGGACUGAAGUUGAGCCUAAAGUACACCAGGUAAUUGGAGAAAUUGAUGUACUCAGAUUUCACAAAAGGCAGACAACAAUGAAAUAAACAGUGUGACUCUGGGAGAUAAAUUGGAGAAAUUGAUGUACUCGGAUUUCACAAAAGGCAGACAAUGAAAUGAACAACCAGUCUGCCCCUACCUGUCCGAGUAUAAUGCACCUAGUUUUGUUCUGUCUUGUCACAUCAGACAUAGAGGUUUUACGCCUCAGGGAGCCCACUUUGGGAGGUGUGACUGUAUUUGGAUGCAACCAUGUCGAAAACCAAAGUUUGGGUUCAGAAAAGUAGACUGUUAGGCAGGAUUAACAUAGAAUUCUGGUGUCGUAGGUGAACUGAAAUGUGAAACAGAUCUUUCGAAAUUGCAGUCAAGAGAGGCAUCCAUGUUUAAAACAACUUGUGUUUGUGCAUGAAUCGUGAGACGUGACUUGUCUUUUAUGGCGAUGUUUCUGAAGCUUGCCUCUGGGUUAGAAUCCUCGGUUAAAAUUAACAAUUCCCGAUCGGAAAUGACGUAGUUUGAUCGCAUUCAACUAUAAAUCCAUUGAACAGUGGUGCCUCAUUAGUCAACCGAUGACCUUUUUUUGGGGUGUGAUCGGGGAUUCUAAACUCGUUCCGAAUCCUCUGUUGCCAGCGGCCUUAUAUUCACUUGCAAGAAUUGAGGAAAUACACUGAUUUUUCAACCUCCCCCAGGAAAAUACCAAACAUUGAUCAAUAUUGAUAGAUACACGUUGUAGUUAAAAUUUGUCUCGAUAGUAAUUUCAGUAUCUUAGUUGAAAGCUAACCUCGGUCCUUCCAAGGGUAAAAAGUGCUGACUCAUCAUUUCGUGUGACCACGGCUAGUCAUGACGUUAUAAUGAAAUACAUCUUUCAUUGUGAUGCUUAUCAUUGCACGCAUGUUGCCAAGAAUAAAUAAAGGCAAAUAUUUCUUAGUUUUUGAUGUUACACGUCUUAAUCGGAUAGAAAAUUGGGGUUACAACGUUGAUAUUUCUAGAGUUUAAAUAAAGCGUCUAUCCGAUUUUAUAUCUUGCUGUGGUGUUUUUAAGUAGUGUGUAGAAUUUCUGUAUCUGAUUCCUGAUAAUUACAUCAUUCAAAGUGCUUGUUAGAGAUAAAUCUUUUUUUCAUGCCUUCGAAAAUAAUCGAAUGGCAGGUAAAUACCCAAAUAUGUGACGCGCCAUGACGAAACAAGUCGCAUGUCGCUCCGAGCUUGACAGGUUGAGACGGACUGGUUGUUCAUUUCACUGUUGUCUGCCUUUUGUGACAUCUGAGUACAUCAAUUUCUUCUAUUAUGUCCUGGUGUCAUUUUAGGCUCAUCUUCUGUGCGACAUGCAACUCAUUUUGUCGUGGUGGGUCAUAUAUACCCUUCUCUUUGGUGGGUCACAUAUGACCCUCCUUCUGCUUGUGUGAAAUCCAGAUAGCAGUUUAAUCUCUAAAUUGCACCGCUCUUAAUUUAUUAAUUGCAUUUAUUAAUUAUCAUGGACUUGUAGUUUUUCUCAAAUAGUCGUGGACGCUCUGUUCUGCAACUGCGCUAUAGAGUAGUAUAAUCAAAAAUGUAUGAGACUCACUUGAAUAUUUUUGCUAUAAUGCAAUUGUCAUUUAGUAACUUAUAUCCCCCUCCUCAAGGAUAGGCAAGAUACAGAUUCAUACAUGUAGCUGCCGAUUAUUUAGAGUGCAACUUAUACCCCCCAAGGGUAGGCAAGAUUCCGCUAUGCAGCUUUGUCAAUGCUUAAUAGAGAGGUGUCCGCUAAGGGAGGUUCCACUGUACUUAAAUCUUACAUUUCGCAUACAGAGUUGUCAACUAUUUACUGGCGAAUGUUUUGAUUUUAUAGUUCAUUAUGGAUGUAGCAAAUAUGUAAGUCAUUUUCAUCCAAUUUCAUUGACCUACAGCAUGUCUCAGAAAACAAUCAGAAUAAAUGAAUUUUGGUCGAAUGUUUCUGUGCCAUGGUGUGGAAUGUGAUAACAUUUAUAAAGCAUUCCAGUUUCUGCCAUGUACUAUAACCACCAAAUUUUCAAAGGUGUUCGGUUUUUUCAGAUUUCACAAGUAUAACCUUGCUUUGCAAAACAAGAAGUUGGCAAAAAAAUUUGAUGUACCAAUUUACAUCGUCAUUUAUAAAAACAACGCUAAUUGUGUUUCCGCUGAGUCAAAACUGUAAAGUAGACUCUCUUUUGCUACGAUAAUAAGUUUGAAGAGGCUAUAGUCACGGACAUUCCCUAUCGAAAAAGAGAGAUUUCUCUCACUGCGACAUCACCAUGACAACAUGAUGAUUAGUACAAAAGUACAAAAUACAACAGUUCUGUUUACGCGCAAUCUUUCCAAAGUGGCAGGAAAAUUUCAAUUCUAACUCAUCGAAUGAUAAAUUUCGGCAGCAGGUACAGAAUUUACCGCAAAUUGAGUCUUGGGUUUGGCGGUUUGACAUCUCUGCCGCUUUAUAUGGGCAGAAAAAUUCUUCACAUCAGUUCGAGGAUUAUCUUUAGUUUAAAAUGCCUUUAUAGACGACUCUUAGUCGACUGCUCUUGCUGUAGCCACCUGAGUCGUGUGCAACCGGCGGUGUUGUGAUGCGCAUUUUGGGAUCAAAGUUGUCGGCCACCUUGUGGCAAUGUAUGGAACUAGAUUGUGUCCUCGCAUAAUCGUUGCUGUAACUGUAUGUAUUUAUACGAUGAAAUUACGAACUGAUUGUAAUCAUUAUUUAAACUCUACUGUAAAUAUUUCAACUUCGUGAAAUUUUGUAAGUUGUCAGUUUCAAGACAUACCGGUAGGCCUUAUGUGUUGUGCUAGAUAGAUAUCUGUGCAAUAAAAUAAAACUAUUUGUCACCAAUGUUUUUGCCUAGAACCGAUAGUACCGGUUUCGACAGGCCAUUGUCUUCUAAUAUAAACCAUUCCUAUGAUUUUGAUGAUGCCUUCAGAGACUCACGAAGGGGUUUUGUAGCAAGACAAAGUCGUAAUCUUCCGAUUUGGUCUGUGAUCCAGAUUUAGUUUUCUCCACAGUCCUGCUAGGCCUGACUGAAGUAUUCACUGGCAUUUUUUGCUCGGGAUGAAUGACUAUAUGGAGGAUCCUUGUACCAAAACAUGUGGGAAAGUCUGGUUUUUUGGUCGAAAUGUGAAACCCACACUAAGCAAAUGAAAGGCAGAGUGUAAAAAAGAAUGACAUACACUAAUCGAUCGUAAAUACUUAAAGUCUGGCUAUUCUGAUCAAAUUCAUUAUCCAUAUGUGUGCAUGGAAUAUUUGAUAUUUGCUAUUGUGCUGAUAUUUUUGUGGUAAAGAUGUGCUCUUCAUUUCCAUUACUGAUGAAUUCUUAUGAAUUUCAUUCAAGAUGCUGACCGUUAAUUUGUAUAUAGUUAUUACGUUCCUGUAUAGUCAGUCGUAGGUUCCUAUCUGAUUUUGAUGUCAUGGUUAAUAUCUGUUUAUUUAAGCCAGAAAACACCCAUUGGAAAUUGCGGGAAGUCGUGUUAUAGCAUCCAAUGGGGCCACAACUCCACCAAAUUCUUGUCACUUUCCCAGUGCCGAAAUGGCCUUGAAAAUUCAUAGUGUUGGAAACCUACUACCUUGUUGAUAUCCUUGCCAACCAUUCAAAACUGGAUCCAUCCUGUUUCAAAUCAACACUAAAUUAGGCCAGAAUCCUGCGCUACACACGGGCUGAAUCAACUUUGUGUACAGGUGCUGUUCAUGCAGGCACUGUUCGUGCAGACACUGUUCGUGCAGGCACUGUUCGUGCAGGCACUGUUCGUGCAGGCACUGUUCGUGCAGACACUGUUCGUGCAGGCGCUGUUCGUGCAGGCGCU